GGAAUAUUCCCUACAUAUGCCCCCCUCUUCCCCUCUCUCCUCUCUCUCUAUAAAUAUACCCCUAACUCACACCCGUAACAGACCAAACAACAAAAGCCACUAAUACCUAUAAUGUUCGACAGCCUCAAAGCAGAUUACCAACUGUGCGAAGAGCUCGGCCGCGGCCGAUUCGGAGUCGUCCACCGCUGUUACUCUCCACUUGCGGACGAUUAUUUUGCCUGUAAAUCCAUCCACAAGCACUCCCUGUCCUCCGACCCCGCCGACCGAAGCUGCCUCGACACCGAGCCCAAGAUUCUGCGCCUCCUCGCCGGCUGUCCCAACAUCCUUCACCUGCACGGCGUCUACGAGGACGACGAUUAUCUCCACCUCGUCACUGAUCUCUGCGACGGGGGCGAUUUGUACGACCGCCUCUCGUCCGGGGACCGCUUCUCCGAGACGGACGCCGCGUCUAUUCUCAAGCAAUUGAUGGUGGCGAUUGCUUGCUGCCAUCGGUUGGGGGUGGCCCAUCGGGAUAUCAAGCCUGAUAAUAUUUUGUUUGAUUCCAGAGGGAGGUUGAGGCUGGCCGACUUCGGAUCUGCUGAGUUGUUUGGAGUUUCUGAGAUGAGUGGGGUUGUGGGGACGCCGUACUACGUAGCCCCCGAGGUUCUGAUGGGGAAGGAUUACAAUGAGAAAGUUGAUGUCUGGAGUGCCGGUGUGAUUCUCUACAUAAUGCUCGCCGGAGUGCCCCCAUUUUACGGGGAUGGCCCGGCCGAGACUUUUGAGGCUGUGCUCCGGGGGAAUUUGAGGUUUCCUACCAAGAUUUUCCGGUCGGUUUCGCCGGAAGCAAAAGAUCUGCUGAGGAAGAUGAUCUGUAGGGAUGUCUCUAGGAGGCUUUCCGCUGAACAGGUCCUCCGACAUCCAUGGAUGAUAAACGGAGGAGAGCCCACACCAAUGGCAGAUUGAACAUAACACUACGGCCCUCCAACUGCAGAGGAGGAUGGUCUAAAUAUGAAUCAGAGAAGCAAGAGAAGUCUCCACCAGGGGUGUGGAGAUAUGACUACUCUAAAACUUGUCGUCCCAACAUCUGAAUCGUAGGAUCUGAUGCAGGAUUUGAUAUCUGGGAACGAGUUCUCUACUUUCUAGUACGUCUGGGGUUAGAGGGCUUUUUCUCCUCUCCAGUGAGACUGUAAAUAUACGCGAGAAUAAGAAGAGUGCAGGUAUGUGAAAUAGGUGUUUCUAGAAACCAACCCUUCCUAUUCCCCAGCCUUUCUGCUGUUUUGUAUCUGUCUGUAAUACGAGGUUUGUGCAAGAAGUGAAGGGACGCGCUCUGUUUCAGUGCUAAUUUCCGGCAUCCAUACCUUUAUGUAAUCCAAAGUUUUGACCUCGCUAUACCACUAUCAUUUUCUUUUUCUUUUCUUUUUGUUAUGGGAUCGAAACCAAGAUUUUGGAACUUGGGCUGUAAUGAAAUUUCUGUUUUUAUGGUGGUCAAAAAUGUAUAAAAAAAUAAAUUGUUAUUUAAGAUA